AUGGCCGCCACAAUUCUAGAAUCUGGGGGGGUGCGUGUAGCUGUAGAGGGAUGCGUGAGAAUUUGCCUGUUCUCCGAAAUUGCCCACACCGGCCUGCUAACUGAUGCAGGGCCAUGGUCUUGCCGUGAGCGGAAGUGGGAUGCUGUCGAUCUCCUCAUUAUCGGCGGAGAUUUCCAGUCUGUCCGCAAUGCUCAAGAUCUCGCCGUCAUGGCAUGCCCUGUCAAGUACCGUGAGCUUGGUGACUUUCCCGAUUAUUACUCUGGCGCCCGCAAAGCGCCUUAUACUACCAUCUUUAUCGGCGGGAACCACGAAGCCAGCUCUCAUCUUUGGGAACUCUACUACGGCGGCUGGGUCGCACCCAACAUUUACUACAUGGGCGCGGCCAAUGUUUUGCGAUUCGGUCCUCUGCGCAUCGCGGGCAUGUCUGGUAUUUGGAAAGGUUUCGACUAUAGGAAACCCCAUUUUGAACGUCUUCCAUUCAACGACAACGAUGUGCGGUCACUUUACCAUGUGCGAGAAAUUGACAUCCGCAAACUGCUGUUGCUGCGCACUCAGGUUGACAUCGGCCUAAGCCAUGACUGGCCCAAAGGUAUUGAGAGACAUGGCGAUUCAGAACGCCUCUUCAAGCAGAAGCGAGACUUUCGACAAGAAUCCAUCGACGGCACACUGGGAAAUACUGCUGCGGGAUAUGUCCUUGAUCGCCUUCGCCCACCAUAUUGGUUUUCUGCUCACUUGCACGUCAAAUUUGCCGCGCUGAAAAGCUUUAACCCACAACCGGAAUUUGAUACAAAAGAGACGGUACAGCCAGAGCUUAAUGAUCCAGUUGCAGAAGCUCCGCAAGAGCAAAAUCCGGAUGAAAUUGACUUAGACCUGGAUGAUGACGACGAUGUAGCUCUUCAGCCCAGCAAUGAUACGAUGCCAGCACCAGAGGACCAAGAAAGCUCGAAAGAGCAGCAAAUAGAGACCAACAAAGUCUCUGAAGAGCUCUUGGCCCAGCUUCCGGCUUCUUUUACAAAGCCGCCGCCGCGGCCUAAACGCACUCCCGGGCAGCCUGUUCCGCUAGGCAUCAAAAACACAGAUGUUCGCUUCCUUGCGCUCGAUAAAUGUCUUCCCGGUAGGCGAUUUUUGCAGCUGUGCGAAAUACACCCGUUCAAUAAGGAAGAGUCUUCCCGUCACCCUGCAGGUGAAUUGCCAUCACGCUACAGAUUAGAUUACGACCCAGAGUGGCUGGCCAUCACUCGAGUGUUCCACAAAGAUCUUGUUAUCGGCAACCCAGCCACUCAGGUGGCCCCCGAUCUGGGCGAGGACGAGUAUAUCCCCCUCAUAGAUGGAGAAAGAGAGUGGGUAGAGACCAAUAUUGUCAAGGCUGGCAAGCUCGCAGUACCCAACAACUUUUCUCAGACAGCACCACCAUACGAGCAAGGGACCCCCGAAAUUGUGCACGAUCAACCUGAAGAAUAUACCAAUCCUCAGACCGCAGAAUUCUGCCAGCUUCUCGAUCUGACCAAUCUCUGGGAUUCCAGCGAGCAGGAAAGACAAGAAAGGAAGCAACGCGGGCCUACUCCGGUGGACAGAGGAUUUCAUGGCGGUGGCAGAGGACGGGGUGGCGGGCGUGGCAGAGGCGGGCGAGGUGGCGGACGGGGUGGCGGAAGAGGCCGUGGAUUCCGUGGAAGAUGGUAA